UAGCUAAUAAGCGAAGAAACCAGGGACCAGCAGCGGCGAAACUGUCGACAAGGCACAGCUGAUCGAGGAUGUGAGGAAGUCCCUCUACGCCUCCAAGAUCUGCAGCUACGCCCAGAGCAUGAACAUCAUCAAGGCCAAGAGCACGGAGAAUGGAUGGGGCCUCAACCUCGGUGAGCUGGCCAGGAUCUGGAAGGAUGGGUGCAUCAUCCGCGCCAGCUUCCUGGACCGCAUCAAGAAGGCCUACGACAGUAAUGGUGAGCUGGCCAAUCUCCUCAUCGACCCCGAGUUCGCGCAGGAAAUCAUGGACAGGCAAGCUGCAUGGCGGAGGGUCGUCUGCCUCGCCAUCAACAACGGCGUCAGCACCCCCGGCAUGUCCGCAAGUCUGGCCUACUUCGACUCCUACCGGAGGGACAUGCUUCCAGCGAACCUGGUCCAGGCCCAGAGGGACUACUUUGGGGCGCACACCUACUUCAGGCCCAGAGGCUCCUUCCACACCGAAUGGUACAAGAUCGCCAACUUGAAGAUCUAA